AGCAGCUUCUUCUCUUCUGAAGUGAAGACUCCUACUGUCUGGGGGCUCCCCGGCCCCCAGGGUUAGCACAACCUGAAGAAGAUGUCCCCCUGCCCCAGCUGGCCAUCCCGGAGUUCACUCCUCCUGCUCUUCGGUUCCCUGCUGCCCGCCGUCUCCCCCGCCGGGGCCUCGGAAGGGCGAGUCUCCCAGGGGCCCAUCGACCUCACGCAGCUGAUUGGGGUGCCCCUGCCUUCGUCCGUGUCCUUCGUCACCGGCUAUGGGGGCUUUCCCGCCUACAGCUUCGGGCCAGGGGCCAGGGUGGGCCGCCCCGCCAGGACGCUGAUCCCCCAGACGUUCUUCCGAGACUUCGCGGUGGCGGUGACCGUGAAGCCGGACAGCCAUCGGGGCGGAGUGCUGUUCGCCAUCACGGAUGCCUUUCAGAAGGUCAUCGACCUGGGCUUGAGGCUGUCCCCGCUGGAGGACGGGGCUCAGAGGAUCAUCCUCUACUACACCGAGCCCGGCUCGCUCGUCUCUCAGGAGGCCGCCUCCUUCGCGGUCCCCCGGCUGACCCACCGAUGGAACCGCUUCGCCGUGAGCGUCCAGGGGGACGAGGUCGUCCUCUACAUAGCCUGCGAGGAGGCCGACCGGGUCCAAUUUCGGAGGUCCCCGGGGGCCUUGCAGUUCGAGUCUGGCUCGGGUAUAUUUGUGGGGAGCGCAGGAGCGACGGGGCUGGACAGAUUCACUGGUUCAAUCCAGCAAUUAAUGAUCAAGCCCAACCCCAAAGGUUUUGAGGACCAGUGUGAAGAUGAUGAUCCAUUUGCAUCCGGAGAAAGCAGUGGUUUGGAAGAACCAGAAGGAAUUGCUGAGAUACAAGAAGGCAGUGUAUACACUCACUCUCCACCUAAAGUAGCCAAGGCUGAGCCAGUGGAAGUUCCACCUACAUCCUCACCCCAGCCUGAAGAAGAAGAAGAAGAUACCUCCGGUCACUUAGAAACAGAGGAGACUCCAACAACAACUCUCAGUCAGGCUGACCUCUCGAUGGUGACCUCCCCCGGACAGGUGGCCGUCACGAUGGCUUCCUCCCCGAGUCAGGUGGACGACUCUACUGCUACCUCCCUCACUCAGGUGGGCGUCUCUACGGAUUCCUCCCUGAGUCACAUGGACAUCUCUACCCCUUCCUACCCCAGCCAGAUGGACGUGUCUACAGCUUCCUCCCCCGGUCAGGUGAACGUCUCUACAACUUCCUUCUCCAGUCAGGUGGACUUCUCUAAGGCUUCCCCCCCCAGUCAGGUGGACAUUGCGACCGCUUCCUUCCCCAGCCAGGUGGACGCUGUGACCACUUCCUCCCCCAGCCAGGUGGACACUGUGAUGGCCUCCUCCCCCAGUCAAGUGGACAUCUGGACAUCCUCCUCUCCAAGUCAGGUGGACGUCUGGAUGACUUCCUCUCCCAGCCACGUUGACGCCUGGAUGACUACCCAUACUAAAGUCAGUCCAAGCCAGGAGGAGCAAGGCUCCGGCGAUGGAGCCAGCGGAGAACUGGGGAAAGCCGACCAGCUGGAAGAAGAGAUCGGGUCUGGAAAUGAGUCUGUCUCUGAAGCCAGCGGAGACGAGAAUCAAACAGAUGAGGAGGGCACCUCAGGAGUCCAGGAGCUGCCUACUAUUUCAGGAGAUAUGUUAACUGAAAUCCCAGAUCCACUUGAGCCAACUGGUCCACCUCAAAAAGCUGGUCUGCCGGGGGGACGAGGACUCCCAGGACCGAAGGGCCAGGCCGGCCCUAAAGGAGAAAAGGGCGAGGCUGGUGAGGGGCAACCAGGUCUCCCCGGGCUUCCAGGUACCCCAGGGCCAACUGGUCUACCCAGACAACCGAAUAGACUGGAAACCGACGGCUCCGGGUUUGGCUCCGGCUCUGACUCCGACUCCGAGGAUCUCGUAGGAAGUGGUGAAUUCCUUAGAGGCCCUCCUGGGCCUCCUGGGCCCCCAGGAUUACCUGGUCCUCCUGGAAAACCAGGAUCAGAAAUAUUUAUGGGGCCCACAGGCUCACCUGGAGAAGAUGGACCAACUGGGGAACCAGGGCCUCAGGGUCCUGAAGGCCAUCCUGGACUUAAAGGAGCUGCUGGCCUUCCGGGAUUGAAGGGAGAAAAGGGAGCAGAAGGCCCCCGUGGUCCCACUGGCCCUAAGGGAGACCCAGGAAACAGAGGAUUACCUGGACCUCCAGGGAGAGAUGGAGAAACAGGCCAGCCUGGGGGAGUUGGUCCUCCUGGUCCUCCUGGUCCUCCUGGUCCACCUGGCCCUCACUAUGGAAUGGGGUUUGGAUUUGAGGAUAUGGAAGGCUCGGGGAGCCUGAUUUUAUCAAGCGAGCCUAGAACUGCAGCUCCGACGGUGUCAAACGGUUUGGUUGGAAGCACAGGACAGCAAGGACCAAUCGGAAAAAAGGGUGAAAAGGGCGAGGUUGGUCCGUCUGGCGAAGCAGGCCCCAAGGGCGUCAAAGGUCAAAAUGGAAAGCCGGGCUUCCCUGCCGUUGCUGGACGUCCAGGACAUGUGGGUUCGAAGGGAGAAAAGGGGGAUCAUGGGCUGAAGGGGGAACCGGGCCUCGACGGAGCCAGCGUGGUGGGACCGCCAGGACCACCUGGGCCUCCAGGAAGAAUGGUGGUUGUGCACAGUUCAUUUCUCAAUGACACCUUUGGCCUGGAAAACAUCACUGACCUUCCAGAACUGCCAGGGACACCCGGUCCAGAGGGCAGACCUGGCCUGCCAGGAUUCCCAGGCCCCAAAGGACAAAAAGGGGACACGGGCGUGCCUGGGUUCCCGGGGCUGAAAGGAGAGCAGGGUGAAAAGGGUGAACCUGGAGCUAUCUUAACUGGUGACGUGCCUCUGGAGAGAAUCAUGGGGAGAAAGGGUGAGCCGGGCAUGCUGGGAUCUCCAGGGCCAAUGGGACCAAAAGGACCCCCAGGACAUAAAGGAGAAUUCGGAUUCCCCGGUCGACCCGGCCGCCCAGGACUCAAUGGACUCAAGGGGUUGAAGGGGGAGCGUGGUGUCAUCCUACCGGGUCCCCCUGGUCAACCUGGGCCCCCAGGGCCUCCUGGACCACCAGGGGCUGUGAUUAACAUCAAAGGGACGGUUUUUCCGAUUUCUCCCAGACCCCACUGUAAAACGCCAGUCGGCACACCUCAUCCCAUGCAUCAGGAAUUAUCUUCGUUUCAGGGUGUCAAAGGCGAGAAAGGCGCAUGGGGCCUUCCCGGGGCAGUCGGCCCCAAAGGUGAAAAAGGCGAUGAAGGGGCUCGAGGCCCUCCAGGCCCUCCAGCUCCACUAACAGAAUUGAAACAUUUUCUGGACAGAAUGAAGGGGGAGAAUGGAGACAAGGGGAUCAAAGGUGAAAAAGGAGAUUCCAAUGGUGGAUUUUUUAUGUCUGGACCACCGGGAUUACCUGGAAGUCCUGGCCAAGAGGGCCAGAAGGGCGACACAGUUGUAGGGCCCAGGGGCCCCCCAGGUGUGCCAGGGUUACCUGGACCACCUGGAUUUGGACAGGAUGGACCCCCAGGCCCACCAGGCCCACCAGGGCCUGCAGGACCUCCAGGACCCCCAGCUAUAUAUGGCUCAGCAGUGGCACUCCCAGGACCCCCCGGCCCGCCGGGCCAGCCAGGACUUCCCGGAUCCAGGAACCUGGUAGCAACAUUUAGAAACUUUGAAGGGAUGCUGCAGAAGCCAUACUUGGUGGCAGAAGGCACACUGAUCUAUCUGAGUGACAGUGCUGAUUUGUUUCUCCGAGUCAGAGAUGGAUGGAGAAGACUGCAGCUGGGAGAACUGAUCCCUGUCCCUGAAAACAUCCCUCCACACCCUGCCGUUGUCAGCAGCCCUCUCCUGUCCCCGCUGACUCCUCUUUCCAGAACCUGGGAUGAGAAACCUGCCCUUCAUCUGGUGGCAUUGAACACGCCGGUUUCGGGGGAUGUCCGGGCGGAUUUUCAGUGUUUCCAGCAGGCCCGAGCUGCGGGGUUAGUGUCCACCUACCGAGCCUUCUUAUCGACUCACCUGCAAGACCUGGCCACGGUGGUGAGAAAGGCGGAGAGACACAGCUUGCCCAUCGUCAAUCUCAAGGGAGAAGUUCUUUUCAACAACUGGGAGUCCAUCUUUUCCGGUAACGGAGGUCAGUUCAAUGCCCAGAUCCCGAUAUAUUCCUUUGAUGGUCGGGACGUCCUGAGAGACCCCUCAUGGCCUCAAAAGGUCGCCUGGCACGGCUCCAACCCAAACGGCAUCCGACUCGUGGACAACUAUUGCGGAGCCUGGAGGACGUCGGACAGCGAGGCGACUGGACAAGCCUCUCCGCUGAGCGCGGGAAAAAUUCUGGACCAACAAGCCUACAGCUGCUUGAGCAAACUGAUCGUGCUGUGUAUCGAAAACAGCUUUAUGACCGACAUGAGAAAAUGACAGCCGCCUCCCGCCCGCGGGACAGUGACAGUUUGAAUUUCCUACAAAGUUGACACUGAUAUUUUAUCGUAGGGGUGUAAAUAUCUGACCUGCAUUUUUGUUCAUUGCACACUUAUAACUAAAAUAACCAAAGAAAACGUACCUCAGUACACUCAAAGCUGAAAUAUUUGGAGAGAAGACGAAAGUCUGAUUCCUCCUCUGGUGCUAGACUGUGCGGGAGUUCCUUCAGCAUUGUUCAGUGGAAAUAUCCAUCGGUGACUCAUGGCUUUUUUUUUGACAGAGUAAGUGCAGACAUUAGAACUGUAUUCAUCCUCCCCUGUCCUCAAGGAAGUCAUUUUCUUGUUGUGACUGCCACUGUUGAGUGUCAGAUGUUCAUCAUGUUUUCUUCAAAAUAGGUUUAGAAAACGUCUCCCACUCUCUAAGUGAAAUGUAAAUCAUCUUCUCUGUCCCUGAUACGCAUCUAUCACUUAUAAUUGCUAUUGUUCGCCUCCAGAGAAAAGGCUGUUCAAACCAACUCAUUAGUAUUCUUAUGACACACUUGAAUGUGUCUCCAACAGCACUACCAGAUUGCCAUAAUAUUGUAGCGGGCUCGUCUGGAUUUUUAUACACUCGGUGUUCAGUUUGACACAUGCUUCUGUGCUCUCCUCUAACUGCCACGCUGGAAAAGUUGAGAUUCCACCAGAUUGUGAACUAGAAACUAGCCUGCAAAUUCAGUAAUUACUACUUCUGCAGGUUUGGACUCCUGAAUGCCAACUCAUCAGUUUACAAUAUCAUGGAUGGUUAAACUGAGGUGAAAACUUCCACGCCAAUGA